AUAAUUUUUCCCAUAAUUAAUUUGCAUCCAGAAAGUUAGAAACAACUUUAUUCUCUCCCUCCUCUCUUUUAAGCAUGGCUUUUUUCCCUUCUCUGAUUUUUCGGAUAUUAACACAUGAAAGUGAUGAGCUUUCACAGUUGAAGGAAGAUCCAAUUGAGGAAGAUGAAGGAGUUCGAUUAUCACGAGCUCGUCAAGGCCACCGAUGGAUUCUCUCCGACCAGACUCAUCGGCAAAGGAAGCCAUGGAUGUGUCUUCAAAGGUCUUCUCGAACACGACGGUCAUAGAAUCGUAGCCAUUAAAACACCUUCGGUGAUGACGUCAUCGUCUAUCUCCAUUGUUUCGGACACUGUACAAGCAGAGAAGCUGAAGAAACUCGAAAACGAGAUCAGGGUUUUGUCGUCUCUGUCUUCUUCGAGUCCCCACGUCGUGAGCUUUGUCGGAGCGAGUCGCGACUCGGUGAAUGUCCCCAACCACAAGCUCAUGCUAAUGGAGUUCAUGCCAAAUGGAUCGCUGCACCGUCUGCUUCACGUGUCGACCUCUCCUCCUCCCACGUGGCAUCGGCGCGUGGAGAUCGCCCUCCAGGUGGCGCGUGCGCUUCACUUCCUGCACGAGCAAGCCGUUAUCCACCGCGACGUCAAGUCGGAGAAUGUCCUGUUCGAUUCGAAUUGGAAUGCGAAACUCGCCGACUUCGGACUCGCCGUGUCGACACAGCGAGUCGACUCAGCGAUUCAGACAAAUCCGCCGGCGGGGACGAUCGGGUACAUAGACCCGAGCUACACUUCCCCAGAGAAACUGAGCACGAAGACCGACGUAUUCAGCUAUGGCGUCGUGUUGUUGGAGAUCAUGAGUUGCAGAAAAGCCAUAGAUGUCACUCGCUCGCCGGCUUCGAUCGUAGAUUGGGCGAUUUCGUCGAUCGAGGAAGGGAAGAUCGGAGAAAUCACCGGCGUAGGAUCAGCGCCGUCGUGCAUAUCCGCCGCAAUCGAACGGAUACUACGGAUGGCUGUGAGGUGCGUGUCGCCGCCGACGGAAUCCCGGCCUUCAGCCGGAGAAAUCGCGGCAGAAAUAGCGUCGUGUUUGACGGGGCCGCCGAGGAACAUUUCAUUGUGGUUCAGCGUUUUGCGCGGGGUUGUUAUGAUGAGACAUCGAAGGAAACGGGGAAAAUGGUGUAGAGAGACUCCGAGGGCAGGAGAGGUUUCGGGGUGGUGGCUGAGUCAAACCAGCCGAGUUGGGUGAGUUAGGGAGGAACGAGUCCGGUCAAAAGGUUUCCGAUAAUAAAAAAAAAGAAAAAAAGAAAAGAAAAAGAUGAUGCGUGUGUGACAAUCCAAGCAGAAGAUUCCCAUGAUAGUUGGUGGAACCGAACAGAACGACGAAGCAUGUCCUUCCUUUGGAAUUCAGUCAUUCCUUUUUUAUUAUAUUUAUAUUUAUAUGUGCUCUUUUUUUAUAAAUUAUUUUUUCAGCUAUUUUUUAAAUAUUUAUCUCCACUCAAUUGAAAAUAUAUCAUAAUUAAACAAAAUAUAAAUAUCCAGGCAUAUAACGGAGCAACCAGCCCCCUUCAACAUCUCUCAUAAUGUGUUCUAUCAAACCGACCUUAGCUCAGUUGGUAGAGCGGAGGACUGUAGUGUUGAAGCAGAUUGAUCCUUAGGUCGCUGGUUCGAAUCCGGCAGGUCGGAAUUUAUAUUUUUUUAUAAUCACUUGGCUUCUCGCAUCACCAAGUACUUUCUGUCUUUGAAGAGCUCGUUCACCGAAGAAUAAUUAUUAGGUGUUUGUACUGGAUUAUGUGACUUCUAUUUUUUUUUUU